AUGUCUACUUUCAAAGGCGACGAUGCUCCCUCUCAACAACACGCCGAAGACGUGGAGUCUCAGAUCGCGAAGCCAGAUCUUCAUCCUCAGAAUGGCGAUGCCGUCGCUCAGAUGAUUGGUGCUCAGCACAUUGAAGUCACCGAAGAAGACAAUAAACGCCUCCGCCGAAAGACCGACAAACACGUCCUCUCCAUCCUCGUCUGGGUCUACUUCCUCCAGAUCCUCGAUAAAUCCGUCCUCGGCUACGGCGCAGUAUGGGGCAUGCGUGAAGACACCAACCUCAGCGGAAACGAAUACUCCAUGGUCUCCUCCAUGGCGCCCAUCGCACAACUUGUCUGGCUACCCUUCUCUUCGUGGCUGAUGGUCAAGAUUCCUCAUCGCAUUUUUAUGGCUAGUCUUGUGUUUGGCUGGGGUGCUGCGCAGACGUGCAUGGCCGCUUGUACUAGCUACCAGGGCCUUCUUGCAACGCGCUUCUUGCUGGGUUUGUUUGAGGCUGCGUGCCUGCCUCUGUUCUCAGUCAUUACGUCGCAGUGGUAUAGACGCGCUGAACAGCCGAUGCGUGUGGCUUGUUGGUACGGAACGAACGGUCUUGCGAAUAUGUUUGCUGCUGCGCUUUCCUUUGGUCUGGGCCAGAUCAACGGCUCGCUUGCAUCGUGGCGCAUCCUCUUCCUUUUCGCUGGCCUCAUCACCGUUAUCACAGCACCUGUUGUGUACCUGGUCCUUGACAACGACAUUCCUUCUGCGCGCUUCUUGACCGAGCAUGAGAAGCUUCAAACCAUCGAGCGUCUGCGUGCCAAUCAGACUGGUACUGGAAGUCGCAACUUUAUCUGGAAGCAGGCCUUCGAGGCCCUCAUUGAACCAAAGACUUGGCUCUUCAUCAGCAUGGCUUUGUGUCUCAAUGUCACUGCCGCUGUAACCAACACCUUUGGUCCUAUCAUCGUUGGUGGCUUCGGUUUCGAUAAGGGCGUUACAUCGCUUCUCAACAUUCCCUUCGGCGCUGUGCAACUCCUCGUCAUCUUCCCCGCCUCAUACCUCGCACACCGAUACCGUGUCAAGUCCAUCUUCCUCAUCGCCGUCAUGCUCCCCGUCCUCGCAGGCGCAGUCAUGCUUCACCAACUCAACCGCGAUCACGUCGCUCCUCUCCUCGCGGCAUACUACAUGCUCGCCUUCCUCUUCGGCGGUAACCCUCUCAUCGUAUCAUGGAUGAUCUCCAACAUUGCCGGUACCACCAAGAAGUCGGUCAUCAUGUCCUUGUACAACAUUGGUGUUUCAGCUGGUAACAUCAUCGGGCCCUUGCUCUUCAGCUCCAAGGAUGCGCCGUACUAUAAGCCUGGUCUCACCAAGACUAUGGGUAUUACUGGUGCUUUGAUUGGUGUCAUCCUUUUGCAGUUGGUCAAUCUUAUGUUCUUGAACAAGAUGCAGGAGAGGAAGAGGGUCAAUAAUGGAAAGCCUGCCAAGAUUAGGGAUCUGAGUAUGGAGCAUCACUAUGUGGCGAAUGCUCAGGAUAAUGAUGAGGAUGGUUUGGGACAGAAUGCCUUCAUGGAUCUCACUGAUUCCAAGAACGAUGAGUUUGUCUAUGUCUACUGA